UCUGCCCCCCUGUGGGUAAAGUAACCACCGCAUGCGAGCUCGUAUCCUGCCACCAAGGUUAGUCAUUAACCUUGCUUUCUCAGUCACCCAGCGCACCAAAGAAGGCGGAUAGUACUCUGUUGAAGGCAUGCUGUCGCUCAGCCGUCACAUCUUAACAUGGGCGACUGUAACCACUGUGCACACGAGCGGGCUUUAUCCGUAGAGGACGACAUUACUGUAGUGUUUCACAAAGUUGACACCCAUGGCACAAACAGCGGCGACGACCACGACGACGUGUGUGGCGGCGGUGAUGAUGAUGAACGGACAGCAGAGAGGAUUCACUUGCAAAAUAACUGCCGGGUGGCGUGUGAUUACGGCGAUGAUGCUGAGGAGGAAGCGAGAGGGAGCGAGGACUCGCCGGAAGGCAGCGAGAGGAAAACGCUUUGCCCGCCGACGUUUUGCGUCGGAAGCGAGCCCGUAUCCCGAGAAGAAAGCGCACGUGAAGACCCAGAGAAGCCAAAGAGAUGUCCAGGUAUCGGUUUGUUCUAUGCUCUACUGUCCACAGUUUUCUUCUCCAUCAUUGCCCUCUUAGUGAAAACCAUCCAGGGUGUCCACGCCAUAGAGAUCAGCGCCAUACGUUGCUUCUUCCAGAUGCUUUUUGUUAUGCCGUUACUCAUCUACCACAAGACAGGUUUCCUUGGUCCCAGGGACAAGCGUAAAUAUCUGGUGCUUCGUGGUUUCAUUGGUUCCAAUGCCAUGAUCCUGCUCUUCUAUGCUGUUCAGCAGAUGCCGCUGGCGGACGCCACUGUCAUCAUGUUCAGUAAUCCAGUCUUUACCUCCCUCCUGGCCUGGGUCUUCCUGAAGGAGAGGUGCACAAUCUGGGACUGUGUCUUCACUGUUUUUACCCUCACUGGAGUCAUCCUUAUCGCCCGGCCACCAUUCCUCUUUGGCGAGCAUCUACAUGGCAUUGAAGGAGACUACACCAACCACAUCAAGGGGACAAUUGCUGCCUUUGCAGGAGCUAUUGGGGCUGCCUUUACAUUUGUUGUCCUUCGCAAGAUUGGGAAGAGUGUCCAUUACUACCUCUCCGUCUGGUACUAUGCUGUCAUCGGUUUCAUCGAGUGCAUCAUUACCGUAUCCGUCCUUGGAGAAUGGAAAAUCCCGUUCUGUGGCCGUGAUCGCUGGAUGCUUAUGUUGAUUGCUGUCCUGGGCAUUGCUGGCCAGACCUUCCUCACAAAGGCCCUGCAGAUUGAGAAGGCUGGACCUGUGGCCCUGAUGAGGACCGUCGAUGUGCUGCUGGCGUUCAUCUUCCAGUUCAUUUUCUUUAACCGUGCACCGACCUGGUGGAGCCUCGGAGGGGCGCUGUGCGUAGUGGCGAGCACUAGUGGACUAGCACUUAGGAAGUGGUACAGCAACUCUCGCAAGAGCUGAGAAGGAGAAGCAACAUAGAAAAUACUUUGGUAUUACUAUUUAUUCUUUUUUCACUGUAGUUUACUCGUAAUUUACAUGCAAACCUGUGAGAAGGUGGAAGCUCUUUGGAGAGUUAAAAGCAGAAAUAUAGAAGGAUAUACUAGGAGGGGUCAGUUAUGAGAUUAUGUAGUUUUAAAAUUCAAAAUUAAAUUUUGUACAUCUAUACAUGUUAAUUCCUGAGAGUCAACCUCUGUUCUUUUUAUGCAUUCAUUUUUGUAUAAAUUAACACAUAAAUAUUGGGAAGGGAAAACUGUGAGCCCUUGUAGCUAACUAACUUCCUAUUGAACAGAGGUUUUCUAUUGAAACUGAAAGUUGAUUUUCACCAUAAUUAAGCCGUUUGAUGGAGAAUAUCCUCAGUCCGAUUUUCCUUUUGCUUUAACCAGAAUGAAAUAGCCAAAGAGAGAUGUUUACUGCAUUGGGACCAUUCAUACUUUGUCAAAUAACUUGGCAAUCAUAUUAUUGAACGAGUAUCUGUUUUUGUGGUGCUGAAAUACAGCUAUGAUCACUCUGUCAUCCUCAGUGUUAAAAGUGUUAUAUAUAUAGAAACUGACGAUAAAAUCCCAAAAUUGGUUUACCUGAAAACACGGUCAUGCUGUAGAAUUCUCUCAGGGAGCCUAGCUGCUUGUAAUGCCCAAAUAUGAAUUACGCCUAAUUCCGACCCAACGUUCUUAUCCAUGAAGAAUUUAUUCCUUUAUUUUAUAUAUUGAUUUUUGAAAAAGAUAAUAAGCUAAUUAUUUAGAAUAAUUUCUUAACAAUAUAUUUGAAGUGCCUUAAGUACAGAACUUUAACCUCUGGCUUUCCUUAGUGGAGCCGCUCAGUAACCAGCAACUUGUACUGGGCAGCUCUCAGGUGUAAUUGUGCAUAUGAAUAUGAAGUAGGGUGCUUCUAAAAAAACACUCAUUAAGUAAUGAUUUCUAAAAUGCUUGUAUGACCAUGUCAAAGAUAAAGUCUGACAGCAUUUUCAUGAGGCACCUAAGACAGGACCCUUAUCCCCUACAAAGGCCACACUGAGUUCUCCAUCAUCUCAGGAUGGCGUCAACUCUCUCAUGUUGGCUAGCACUUAAUGUCAUUUCAGAACUGAAGCAUCUAAUUAGCGUUCUCAACAGUCUAAAAAUAUCUUUCCUAUGAUGCUCACAGGGGGGUUGUUGUUUGCACUUUGUCUUUGCUAGAGGGUAGAAAAAGUGUCAGUAAGCUGCCACUGUAAUUACACAAAUGAUGAUCAUCCAAACAGCUGCGCACAAGGAUUAGGCCUACUUCAAGGAUUGCGAUAUAAUAAGUUACUCAAAUAAUUCAAGGACCUUGAAGCAAGAUGAGAGGUAGAACUACAUCUUAACGAUGCAGGUGUUUCAAUAUGUCAUCAAACUAGAACACUGAUGUUGUGGUUUUACUCUUGAGUAUCAUUGUUUUUUGUGAUAGCCUCAGUGACUCAAAACUGCCAUUUGUGACAUAACAGAAGUUAUCUCAUUGCACUUUUCAUAUAGAGCAGGUCCAGACUAUACUCUUUGUAAUAUUUAUGUGUUAUUGUUUGUAGGAAACCCCCCAAAUACCCUUUUUUCAAGGGAAGUGGGUGUCUGGCACACCAGAUGGUGUGCUCUGUGUGUGUGUCUGGUAUAAAUCAUACUGUAUCUUUAGCAUUUAGCGAGGAGUUUCCCACUGCCAUGACUGAUGAUGUCUGCAGUUUUCUGUUGCGGGAAUGUUUAAUUGGGUGCUAUACAGCUAGAAAAGAAAGGCAAUCAGUGCUGCUAGACUGCUAUUUAAUAUCCUGCUGUUUCUUCCUCGCUAUUUUUCACACGCUGCUGUUUCUGUUCUCGUUCAACUUGUUGAGAACUGUGUCAGCACAGCUGCAUCAUUAGACUCGCUUCUAGUUAUAGUUCUUCCUUUUUAUAAACUCUGUAUCACUAAAAACUGAACUCUUGAGUUUGCACAUUAUUGCCUUGUUAAAUCAAACUUCCUUUGGCAGUGAUGUUUGUUUGUUUACUUAAUUUUUAAUUCUUUAAGAAGGCAAACAUUGAUUCCAAGGAGAAUUUUUGGAUUUACAAUGGUCUUACAAGGCAUGGCCUAGUGUGACAGUGUGAUAUGUGAAACUAAUUAUAAAUACAAAUAUUUAUCAGUUCAUAAAAUUCUGAUCCUACCCAUUAAAGAAGAGAAUAUAGUUAAAUUAUUAAUUUGAGUACAUUGUACAACAUGUAACAUGGAUAUUAUUAAUCUUUUAAGUGAUGAACAGUAACAUCAAUCAAGUGUGAAAUAUAAUAAAAUCAGCCUACAUGUCAUCCCAGUGUUAUACUUUAGUGUGGAGGAAUUUAUUUUAAGGCUCUGUGACUUUUUUUAAUCAUUGUUCAUAGUACAGUACAGUAGGCUGUUAUGUUCACUUCAGAUGUUCAAAGGCUAAUUUUAUGCUUUGACAUUGAUAUUUACUUCUCAGUAUAUUAGUUUAGUGGACUUGAAGGCUGGUAGUGUAAGCACAAUGUGUUGUAAUUCCAUCAUAUGUUUAGGUAAACUUGUUUCAGGACCUACAGGCCUUACAAACCUGCAGUACUAAAGCUGUUUAUAAGGGUUUUAAAACUAUGCUUUAAUAAUAUUUAUUCGACUACUUCUGUAAUGUAUUACAUCAACAUAUUAUAAAAGAUGUAUAUAUUUCUGCACACUGAUUGAUUAUAUUUAGUAUGUUAUGAUUUAAUAAUAAAUUCUAUAUGAAUUUAUAA